UGUCCUGUUGAUUGUCACCAUGCGACGGAGGAAGAAAGAGCCCCUGAUCCUGGACGAGGAGCGCGACGUGCGCGAGAACAUUGUGCGCUACGAUGACGAGGGCGGCGGCGAGGAGGACACAGAGGCCUUCGACAUGGUCGCUCUCCGCAACCUGAAACUGGUCCGUGAGAGCGGUGGCAAGACCCGCCGUGAUGUCACCCCGGAAGUGCCCAGCCUCUUCUUGUCUUCCCGGCCACCGCCAGACAAUGGCAUCUUCCGCGACUUUAUCUGGGACCGGCUGAAGGAGGCCGACGUAGACGCGUCGGCACCACCCUAUGACUCGCUGCAGACAUAUGCCUUCGAGGGUAGUGGCUCGGCCGCAGAGUCCCUCAGCUCGCUGGAUUCCCUGAGCACGGACUCGGAGCAGAACUACGACUACCUCAGCGACUGGGGGCCGCGAUUCAAGAAGCUGGCAGACCUCUACGGCCAAAGCGAUGACGGUAACCUCUUCGCCUCUUAGCCCUCGGUUGAGCCUGCUAAAAUGUUGGCACGGACAAUCUAACAAAUGAGGGAAGGAAACUGAAGAAUAUAAAGAAGGAUACAAGAAAGCAAAUGUGAGAUGACGAGAAGAAAAUGCUCGGAGGACAUUUGAUUGGUGUAUAUAAAUGCAUCAAUGACGGUGAGAAUAACCAAUAGGAUGUUGGUUUUCCAUUCAAAAUCUUUUUUUGGGGACUGGCAGUAUUUUUCAAAGAAUGAACUUUGCGAGAAUUUGUUAACUAGAUUUAAUAUGAUGGAAAUUAUGCAAAGCUUAAGACGUUGGGAUGGGCUCCAAACCCGUUGGGAUGGGCUCCAGACCCGUUGGGAUGGGCUCCAGGACUUUGGAAGGACCUCAACGCACAAAUGUCCAGACUUUCUCAAGUCACGUGACGUUCAAAUGUGACGAAAAGUGAAUCUAUGCUCCAGUGUUAUUACAACAGUGACAUUAUCAAGUACUCCAUCAUGUCGUGUUCAAAUGAAAACAGUGCCACCUUGAACUGGUCCUGUAGUCUGUCACAGGGUUCACUGUGAUCUGCAAUAUUUGUUUCAAAUGUAUAUUUAUAGAACAGAUUCUCAAUUGAACUCCAUGUGGAUUUUACAGCAGUUUUUUUAACAAACGAUGGAUUUGAUCAAUUCAGGCUUACCGUGGUUCAUGUUCAGUAGGGAUCACCGUAGCAAAAUACUUUAAAGCAGAAAACAGAAAUGAGUGUUUCUUAUUGGACCAGUAGUCUCUGCCCCCUUUCUUCAAUUUGGUCUCUCAACCAUUUAGAGUAUCAGAAACAAUGCAUUCCUAUAAAUGUAUGUAGACACCUGCCAGGGAUGUCCCUUGUCACACUGAAUGCUUUAAGGGUCACAGUGCCGCUGAAGGGUUUAUGAAGUCUCCCUCCAUUGAUGCAAGGGAACAAACACCUCUCACUUACAUUGCUCCGAUAAAACCUUGUCACACAGCAGCAUGAUACUGGUUUCUAAGAGCAGCAGCGUAACAUUGUUCUAAAUUGAAUGCAGCGUAUUGGUAUCUCCAACAUUCAAAGCUGUUGUGAUGUUUUAUGUAUCCUAUGAGGUGUUCUAGCUGCCAUGUUGGUUUAAACUGUGUUUGUUUUUUAAAAUGGAAACAUAGCUAUAGCAGCAUGGGAAAAUACAGUUAACAAUGUGUUGAAAAACAUUUGCAGCAAAGCUUCAGGCAUUUGUAAAAACACUAAGCCAAGGAGAAUGUCAAUUGCUAUUUCACAUACAGUGAGUAGAAAUAGAAAUGUAUGAAGUCAGAUUAGUUUGAAAUAGAAACUUAUCUUGCAAAAUAAGAAAUAUGCAUACAUCAUGCUGCUUAAAACAUAUUUUGUGAGAGGGAAAUGCAAGGAAAGGCAGCUGGGAAAGUUUUGAUUGAGAGCUCUUUAGGUUUAGGUUUAUUUGAACAUCUUGGUAUAUAUGCAGAAACAUACAUACAAUGCAAUGUCAAUACAAUAUAAAACACAUGUAAAAGAUACAUGACAGCCCUUCUGAAGCUGAUGACCAUAUCCUUGGUUUUCUUUUCGUUCACAUACAGGCAGUUGGUUUUCCCCAUUGGGCCACUGCAUAUACUGCUGCAUGUAUUUGGCCAGGUAGCUUGCCAGGGAGCAAAAUCUGUGAAUGUGAGGUCAUCAGCCUACUUGACAGGAUGGAUGCUCUUUGGGAGGCAGGAGUCUAUGGUGAUCAUGCAUAGCACAAACAGUAGGUGAGAGAGCACUCCACCCUGGGGCACUCCAGCUGGGACUGGCUGUGAGUUAGAAAGGCAUGUUCUCGACCUCACUGUCUGCUUGCGGUUGUCCAGUUCGCUCUUGAUAGAGAUCCAUAGUGAGCGGUUCACCCCAUGCUCCACUAGAGUGAGUAGGAGAUGGCUAUGGUUUAGGGUGUCAAAUGCUCUGGAAAAGUUAACGGAAGUUGCAUAAACAUCCUGCUUUGGCACUACAUUUGAUGCAUUGUGCCAGAGCAAACACUGUUGACCUGUUCUUCACAACGCCAUGUUGUGAGGAGUUGGUGUUAGGAGCAGUCUCCUUCUACAGCAUGUUGUGUUCAACCGCUCAUAGAUUUUUCCCAUGGAGCUGAGGAGAGAGAUUUGCCUGUAGUCUUGGAGGAAGAUGGGGUUGCUCUUUUUAGGCACAGCACAGAUGAUGGACUUUAUCCAUUGAGAGGGGGAAGUAGCUGUGUUCCAUAGAUGUUGAAGAUAUCGCACAGUACUAGUGCAAGCUCCAUGCAGUACGUUUUAGGGACCAGGGAGGAAUCUCGUCGGGCCUGCAGACUUCUGCCCAUUCAGCCGCUUCAGAUGGGUUUUGAUCUGGCCAAUGUUGAAGCUGGGGGGACAGACGUUUGUAAGCUUGUUUUCAACAGCCUCAAUUUCAGGGAUCAUGCAUGUUGUACCUUCCCAUACAGAGGAAAGUGUGCACUGAGAAUGUCACAUUCCCUCUGAGAAUCCUGUUGAUUGAGGGCUGAAAGGUUUUCUCGAGUCUCACUUGCACCAAUCAAGCUUUUCUAUGAUUUGUAUUAGCCAGCAAAGUUAGACGACUUCAGCUGUUGAACUUCUGCCUGGAAGUGCUCUUUCCUGGCAUUUUUCACUAGAGCUGCAACAUUCUGCUGAAGCGUCUUGUAUUCUGCUUUGUCUUGACUGUGAAAGGCAUUCUGUCUGGAUGAGCUCAGGCUGAGUCUGUGUGUGUGGUCAUCCAUUGCUUGUCUCUGGUGGUCAGUUAACUUUUUUUGAUGGAGAGAUUACUAUUGAGAGUUAUGUUCAUCUGUCUGCUCUUGGCAGUGUUUUUCUGUUUAGACUGAUGUGAAACUAUCUAUAUUUAGUGCCAUGGAGAGAGCACUUAGAUGUACGGUGUUGUUUGUAGAUAUACUGAGCUGGUGAUUUAGGCCAUUCACCUGCUGACCACAAUAUGGUCUGGUGAUCUGACUCACCUCAGUGGUAGAUGCUUGGCUUUGGAGUAUAGGCCUUUCUUGAGUUUAGCUGAUUAGCUCCACAUGUAGAGUUUGUUACUGGUUAGGGCCAUACCUAGAACAAAGAAAACCAUGCUUGAAUCUAUUUGUGUUGCACAUGGUCCAAGCACCGCCCUUGAGACCUCGCCUCUUUAGAAGUUGGGGGUGGGAUGUAAAUUAUAUAUGUUAUAAUACAGUUCAGGCCACGGUGAGGCGUGAGAGUUUCGUCCACAGCCAAAGGCACUCACAACGAUUGUCCUCAAGGUCACGUAGACGUUUGUGCCUGAUGUUACUGUCAAUGUAUAGGGUGAUCCCUCCUCCAGAGCUGCACAGCUGUUUAUUUAUUUUGUUUGAUGACGGUUCAUACAGUUGAUGCUCAUUAGUAGGAGAAAAUGUUAUACAAUAAAUGGAAGCAAGACAGUCCUCCAUACCCUUUUCAUGCUAUUGUGCUGACUCAAACCAUACAAUGCUAUUCUAACUUAAAUCCAACAGGUCUAAUGAUGUACAAUGCAGUCCAAAGGCAUUUUUCAAGACUUCACAUAAACAUCUGCUAAGACCCCCUCAUAAUCUCUUACAUUUUAUCUCACAACAAUCUUGAGUUAUUAUCAAUUAUUUUGAGGCCAUAGAAAAAUUGUCGAGGUGA